GUUGUGAGAGAUAUUGUUACGUACUGUUAGGUAUUGUUAUAAUUUUAUAAACAGAAUUAGUGUUUUGGUUUAUAGUUUGCAGUGUAUUGAAGCCGGAGAACAGGUUUAAAACCAACAUUAAAGACUGAGGAAGUGAUCAUGGCAGGUUCUGAGGGAAACAAGUUGUGGGGUGGCAGGUUUGUGGGGAACACAGACCCCAUCAUGGAGAAGUUUAAUGCAUCGAUAGCGUAUGAUCAGCGCAUGUGGGACGCAGACAUCAGAGGCAGUAAAGCUUAUGUAAAGGCUCUACACAAAGCCAAACUGGUGACUCAGGAGGAAAUGAAGCAGAUCCAGGAAGGUCUCACUAAGGUUUAUGGUGAAUGGUCCAGUGGUACGUUCCAGAUCAAACCAGGAGAUGAGGAUAUUCACACAGCCAACGAGCGCCGGCUUAAGGAACUGAUUGGAGAGGCAGCCGGAAAGCUUCAUACAGGCCGAAGUAGGAAUGAUCAAGUUGUCACGGAUAUGAGGAUCUGGUUACGGGACUCCAUAACUACUCUAAAGGGAAAUGCCAUUGAACUCUUAAACACAAUGGUGGAAAGGGCAGCAGCCGAGAUUGAUUUUCUUUUUCCUGGAUACACUCACAUGCAGAGAGCUCAGCCAAUCAGGUGGAGCCACUGGAUUCUCAGUCAUGCAGUGGCGCUGAGCCGUGACGUGGAACAGCUGGAGGAAAUCGGGAGACGUGUUAAUGUUCUGCCACUAGGAAGUGGAGCUAUUGCUGGGAACCCCUUCAACAUUGACAGGGAACUGCUUCAGAAAGAGCUAGACUUUGAUGGAAUCAGCAUUAACAGUAUGGAUGCUACUGGACAGAGAGAUUUUGUUGCUGAAUUUCUCUUCUGGGGAUCAAUGUGUCUUAUGCAUCUCAGUAGGAUGGCAGAGGAUUUGCUCUUGUACAGCACUAAAGAAUUCUCCUUUAUAUCUCUGUCUGAUGCUUACAGCACAGGAAGCAGUCUGAUGCCUCAGAAGAAGAAUGCAGACAGCUUGGAGCUGAUUCGCAGCAAAGCUGGUCGAGUGUUCGGACGGUGUGCAGGUUUUCUAAUGACACUUAAGGGUCUUCCAAGCACUUACAACAAAGAUCUACAGGAGGAUAAAGAGGCCAUGUUUGACACUUAUGAUACACUCCAUGCUGUACUGCAGGUAGCGACAGGUGUCAUGUCAACACUGGAGGUGAAUCAAAAAGUCAUGGAGGCAGCUCUUAGUCCAGACAUGCUGGCCACUGAUCUUGCAUAUUACCUUGUCAGAAAAGGAAUGCCAUUCAGGGAAGCUCACAGCUGCUCAGGAAAAGCUGUAUAUCUUGCUGAAUCAAAAGGAAUCCAACUGAAUCAGCUUACUGUGGACGAUCUCCGUACUGCCAGCCCUCUGUUUGACAGUGAUGUGUCUUCAGUAUGGGACUACCAGAGCAGUGUGGAACAGUACAGCGCCCAUGGAGGUACAGCAAAGAGUAGCGUUACAGCACAGGUCGAACACAUGAGAACCUGGCUGAAGGCACACGAACAAUAGAUGAUUCUACACAGCUCACUAUGUAUAAAAAGGUCACCUGAUUUACUGUUUUGUUGAACAUACAAAAUCACACUUUGAUCACACUUAAAAUAGGCCACAACUUUUAGCAGAUUUUUUUGUAUUAAAGCAUUCAGAACACUUAAAAAUUCUGUUCUAAAAUAAACUACAUAAAGGAAAUAAAUGAACCAUUAUGUAUUCAACAUGAAAAUGCAGAGACUUAACAUAACAUAUAUAAAUAAAUAUUCUUAUUUUUGGGA